CUUGCAGUUCAAGUAGAGAAGUCAUCGAGUGGUUUCCAUAUCGAUCUUGAUGAUUUUCUCGCUGGUCUUCUUCUCCUUGCUAAUGAGUUGUCGCGGUUUGCGGUGAAUAGUGUCACAUCAGCAGAUUAUGGGCGGCCUUUUAAAAUAGCCGCAUUUGUGGCUGAACUGGACGCUGGCUUCAGACUUUUGAACCUUAAAAAUGACUCUCUUAGAAAGAAGUUUGAUGGACUCAAAUAUGACCUGAAGAAAAUCGAGGAAGUUGUGUAUGAUCUGACCAUCAGGGGGCUGAAACCGUCUACAGAGGAAGCAAGUUGAAUUAGUAACAUGGAGGCGGGUCGUCAAGAAAUUUCCGACAUCCUGGGAUAUUUUUAGGAGUCACCGGGCGAAAUUCAAUUUUGUUGACGUUGGUGGAGAGUUUUGAUCUCAGUCUCAGUCUGUUUUGCACGAUAUUUAUCGCAUAAGAAGAAUCAACUGAAAAAGGUGAACGCUGCGAUCGGCGUUUGGUUAUUUGGAAAUGAUUCGCAACGGAGUGAAAUUUGUCGAAGUAAAGAAGACCGACUUUGAUAUUGUGUUGAAUGAAACUCAAACUGAUCCUGAAAACAAAGUGUGCAUCAGCUAUUAAAUAAGUGUUUUCAGUUAUUCUCUCUUUUCAAUCCCACAAUUUGUGGUUUGUGGUUUCAAAUUUGUUGAGAAAUUUCUCCGUUUCUGUGCACGUAAUUACUCGGUAUUUAAGAGGAACAGUGACACCGAUAUUGUAUAGUGGAGAUAAGGAUAAGUUGAUUUAAAUACAAUAUAAACACAAAACUCCACUGUAGAUCAUA